GCAGCCCUGGCACAUGUGAAAAGGCUGCGCUGCAUAAAAAUAAAUUUGUUAAUGGAUUUAUUCCGGCCCCAGAAUCGUGCCACUACCACAUCAGCUAGCUAGGCGACAGGACUUGACCAGGACAAACUCCGGAAAACUCAAACGCCAAAACAAGAGGGCCUCACAACAGGGAAUAAUGCCAAGCAAACUCAGUAGCACAACAACAACUGCUGACAUGUGCAACGUAGCAUGGAAAAGGGGGAUUUUCAGGGACUACUUGCGGGCAAGUGGUCCCAGGACAUGGAUGACCUUACUGCUAGUAAUGAUCCUCUUCGUCAGCUCCUUGGCAGCUGAACCUCUGAAAGUUAUAUACGCCGUUAACGCUGGCGGGGACGAGCACACUGACCUAAAUGGCAUUCAAUACGAUGCAGAUCCUCUUAAAGGCAUUGGAAUCGCCUCGGACUACGGCAAACACCUCCUGAUGAUCGGUCGGGUACAGGAACAGGACGAGGUGCUCUACAGAACCGAAAGGUAUCACACCACCACUUUUGGCUACGAUUUACCCAGCGAUGGUGACGGAGAUUACGCUUUGAUAAUGAAGUUCUGCGAAGUCUACUUCGAUGCGCCGCAAAAGAAGGUUUUCGAUGUGCUUCUCAACCGAAAGCACACGGUAGUCCGUCAGCUGGACAUCUACAAUGAGGUUGGCAGAGGCUCGGCUCACGACGAGAUUGUGUACUUCAAGAUCAACAAUGGUCGAUUAAACUACGAGGGCGAGGUGUCCGAUGUGCGGAAUGGUCGGCUGCGAUUGGACUUCAUCAAGGGAGCACUGGAUAAUCCGAAGAUCAAUGCCUUUGCUCUGCUGAAAGGAGACGUUUCCCAGUUGCCCCGACUUCAUGGCACGGAGGCGAGUCAAAGAAUCAAGCCGGAGGGAAAGCAGACACCGGAACAGAAACAAGGAAGUCAGGCGGAGAAGGUGGUGCGCAGCCAGCGGGAGGACAUAGAUGAGGAUGACGAGGAUCUUGACGAUGAGGAGUUCGAGGAGGAGCUGCCCGAGCAGCAGCAAAACGAUCAGCUGAGCAAUGAGCAGCAAGCCCAGCAAUCGCCGGACUCGAAAAAAUCGUACAGUGGGCCACGUCAGCCGAAUCCGUAUUCAAUGGACGACUCUUCGAUCCUGCUGCCGGUUUUCAUCGCCAUCGGAGCCUUUAUACCGCUGCUGUUCUGCCUCUGCAAGCUGUGAUCCCGAUCCGUUGCCCACCACACAACGAUCUCGGCCUGCGUUGAUUUCCUGCUUUGUGAUUUUGUGAUUUUGAUAAAAGACUUAAUUGUAUACUUAUCUUUUAGUUCGUACGUUAGGCAUACCUUAGAGAUCAAUUACCUCGAUCCCAGAACGCGCAGCUCUCUAUCGCCCUGUACUUUCCAUAUUUGAUAAGCCUUCCGUUUUUUGUGUUCCUUUCUUUUGACCACUGCCGUCAUAGGCUCGGUACUUAAUCGUUGAGUCACUUGAUUUUUAAAUUCCCGGAAUGGUUAAUCGCUCGACUCGGGAGAUUUGCGCACAAAUUUUAAGCGGUUUUCUGAACAGUUUUCGCUUGAAAACUGUUAGUUUUGAAUGAACUUGAAUAAAAUAAACCUUGUUUGUUAUUAAA